AUGUGGGAAAAAGUGGAGAAAACAGUAGUUGGAGCCACAAGGGGUUACCAGUGUUUGCGGGAUACCAGGAAAAAAGGAACACACUGGCAACGACAAGUGAUUACAAAAAAGACAAAAUGGUUAUAGGCUAGGAUAGCACAUAAUAGCACCCACCAAAGAACUAGGGAACAGUGAAACACACCCAUGAAAGCCCCACAACAGAAACAGAAGAUAGAUAAAACCCAAGCUAAAAUUGAAGACCUAAAUAGUUUGUGAGGUAAACCAAAACUGACCUGACUUGUGAUGGAAAAGCAAAGAAAGACGGUGUGCUUUGGUUAUAUGUGCCUAUUAUACCCUUUACUUGUUUCUGAUUGGUUAUUUGUUGUUGUUUUUUUCUAUGUUCUUUGCUGUAAUGGAGUAAGUAAAAAAGUUAAUGCAAAUUAUGAAGCCUCCUGUUGUAAAAUUACAGGUAAAUCCAUUUUGUGUAAAUAUGUUGACUGUGCAAAAAUCCUUGGCCAUGCUAACCUUCUAAUCAGCAUUAAAGUCAAUGAGUCCUAACUGGGGGAAAUGUACAGCUGUCCACAACACUGUGAGUUUGCAGAUUUUCUACUCAAGCAGGAGCUAGCUGAAUUAGAUCACAAUUAAAGGGUAACUCCAGCCAAAAACUGUGCUUAAAUUCAAGUAUUCUUUUCAACCUGAUCCUCUUCUGAUGAUAUCCCUCACUGCAGAGGUAGGGAUAGUAGGGAGCCUGGGCUGAGGAAUUGGAUGUCACGGAGGGGUGGGGUGUUCCACUACUCGUCAUCUAGUGCAAGGAUACUAUUAUCCAGCCAGAAUAAGAUAAUGAUGCUGCCGGAGGUGAAGUUAUAUUUUCAGAAGCAUGCUCAGAUAACUCUGUAUGUGCAGAAUUGUAAACUGAAUCACUCCACAAACAGACUUCAAGCACCAUGACUACUUCAAAACAUGUACAUGGUCAUAGUGCAUUGAGUAGACCUUUAAUGUUUUCUGAUUCUAAAUUGAAAGUUGUAAUAUGACCAUUUGCACAGUUUUUAAUAGGGUAUGUAGUUCAGUUGAUGUUGUUUCCAUUUAGCCUUAAAAAGAGUGCUUUCCUAGCCCAAGCCAAAUUAAAUUAGCCAUGCUUAUGUUGAAUAUAUAAGCAAUAACAAUAAAUAUGUGUCUAACUAAGCACGGUCCUUACCAGGAUCUGAAGUGUAAUGGUGAGACAAAUAUUUGUCACUCUUCUUAGACUUGUAACUAGAAUCUUGCCAUAUUCUGACAGUAUACUCCAAUUUGGUAUUUUCACUUUCCUUUUAAUUAGUAUUUAUUAUAAGAUCUUUCUGUUACAUAAGCUUAUCUAUGUCCCUCACUGCUAAAAAUCUGCUGGACAGCAGGACUGCUGACAGGCUUCCAAUAUCAUCCGGAUUAUCAACUCAACAUAGGAGCUUUACACAGCCUUAGGUUCUGUCUAAUACAUGUGUGGCCAAAGGUAGAUUUGGACAUGGCAAAGUGAGACAUUUAGGCUGGCAAAGCAUCAUAGUAUUUUUAGUUUUACAACAUUAGGAUAUCUGCCUAAUGUUUAGAAGGGCCGGAGACUAUUUUAUGCACCCUCAAAAAACAAAAACAAAAUAUUGCCAACUUUGUGUGCCUCUUUCUUCCCCCAGCCCGUCUGUGACUAUUUGUCCACCACAGCCCCACUGUGUUUCUUUGCCCCCUCAGACCCACUGUAUGUCUCUCCCGUCCAGCCCCCCUGUGGGUGUAUUUGUCCUGCUAGUCCCACUGUGUGACUUUUUGUCCCCAGCCCCUUUGUGUGCCUCUUUGUCCCCUAAGCCCCACUGUGUUUCUUUCUCCUCUGUAGCCUUUUGUAUGCCUUUUUGUCCCACCAGCCUCUUUGUGGUCUCCCCCCACCUGUCACUUUAUGGUCUCUUGUUCCCCAUCACUUUAUGGUUGCCCUGUCACUUUAUGGUCUCUUCCCUUCCCUCAACCCCUUUGUGGUUUGUUUCCCAACCACUGUCCCUUUAUGGUCUAUUCCCUCGUGCCUCUAUCCCUUUGUGGUUUCUCCACCUCCUUGCCAACUAACCUUCAUUAUCUAGCAUGGCUGAGCCACACACUGCAGUAGAGGAGCUUCUGUUUCCUCUUCCUGGUGUGACAGAAAGCUGUUCGGUGCUCUCAGUGGGCACUUUUUGUCAGACCAGGUAGAGGGAAACAGAAGCUCCUCUACUGCAGUCUGUGGCUUGGCCACGCUACAUGUUGUAACCAGCAGAAGGGUAGCGCUGUGCUGUGUGCUCCCUUCCUGCAGGUCAAAUGGAUCUUGUGCCACCCAGGGCCAGUGUGUAUUAAUUGGCUGCCUAGUUCACCUAGCUGUCAGACCGGCCCUGGGCCUCAGUCUAACACCAUCAAAAUUCCAUUCCAGUUGUCAUAGUUCUGCUUACUACUUGUACAGAUGGACUAGUCACAAUGCACACAAAAAAAAAACUAUCUAAAAACAACCAUGUUUAAGACAUGUUUCUGUAAAACUGUUGAAGUCAUUUAUCUGUAAAAAUAGACUUGGGAAAAAAACUUUAGACAUGUUCAUCUAUAGUCUUUAAACGACAAGGAUCCUUCUUAAGGCAGAUGGAAAGAAAAAGUCAAAUUUGGAAUAUUUGCUAAUAUUACCACAUGUGUGUAGUUUAAAUUUCAAUUCACUGCAAUUCAGUAUUAAGUAAAUAAAUCCCCUGAUGUUUAGGAAAUCUUUCGGUUGCCAUGCUUUUAGCGUCUAAUGUUUAUUUAAUAAAUUUUUUCCUUCUGUUCCAGGGGAGCAGUAAGAAUGAUAACUGGAUUUUCUCUCUGGCUGUUUUACUAAGCAGCACUCUAGUUUACAAUAGUGUUGGGACGAUUGAUCAAGAAAGCAUGGAGAAGUUACAGUAUCCUUCUGUUUAUGCAUGUAAUGAUUAUUUGUCUGUAUGUUAAAAAACAAAACAAAAAAAAAACAACUUUUCUAUUUAAAGAGUUAUUGCUAGUCACCCUGCUAUGCCAGUUAAAGGGACACUCCAGACCCCUAAAACACCUUAACUUGCUGAAAUGCUUUAUGUAUGAAGAGUGUGUCCUCAUCUUUAAUUUUACAAAAAGUGCAUGUUUCAUUAGAAAUUGGCACAUUUGUCAAUUAACUUUGUUACACCCCCUUGGCUGUCAAUCAAAAAACUAGUCAUGUUAGUUCCUGGUUUGGUUAUCUCAGUUGAACUAAACUCAAGAGGCAGCAAUUUCACAGAGUUCCUGCCUUGCAAAGGCUUCACAUUGAGCUGCAUUGGGAAGUCUGUGAUUGGACAGCCACAGCACGUUAGAAGGGAAAAGGCUGCAGGCAAGAGAUCUGCAGCUUUUGCAUGCUGUUUUAGAUAAGUCCAUAAAAUAAAAAAAUAUAUGAAUAAAUGCAUUUAUGUUUUCAUUUGAGGUAUCUACUAAACAGUGAUUUUUAUUUUUUAAUUUAUUUAUUUCCAGUCAUGCCUAGCAUUAUUCAGGCACAAACACAACCAAAGUACAUUUGAUCUCAUAUUCAUAUUGUGCUUUGUUCUACAUUCAAGUCUCAAGUUUUGAUAAAAAAAAGUUUUCAAGCUCUUUGCGAUUAUCCUUUAGCCAUGUCUCCACAAAAUAUUCACAAAAUGUCUCUGUUCGGACGUUUUCACGGUCCUUACUCAAUGUAACCAAUGACAGAUCAGCAAAAGAUGAGCUGCGUACAUGACUCUGCCCUUAGCCAAUCACAGUUUUCUUAUUAUCAGUCCCCUUUCCUCUAAUCUAUACACAGAUAAUACGAAAAUUGUGACUUUGCAAAGUAAAUGAAACAAUAUACAUAUAGAGGGAUUGGGUAAUAUUAUAUAAAUUGUGCUUACAAAAUCAGCCACACGUGUAUGUUAAAUUGGGUGAUUACGAUCUAACAAAUGUGAGUGUAUUCACAGUCUAUAUUAAGUUUGGACCCAUCAUUGCACAUUGCAUUCUAGAAGUUAAUUUCCUGAGUUAGCUUCUAUUUUCAUAGUGCAUCAUUACAUAUUCCUUCAGUGUCUCCUUAGCUUCUUGCAGUUGCGUGACAGAACUCACUGAGUUUAUAAAAUUGAAAUCAGCUCCAACUAAAGUUGAAGAUGAUGAAUCUUCCGAGUUCAAGCGAUACUUCCCAAACUUCAUAUGGUGUGUCCGAGACUUCUGUUUGAAGUUGGAGAAGGAAAAUAAAGAAAUCACACAGGAUGAAUAUCUACAAAAUGCCCUGAAACUUAAAAAAGGUAUGUGUGCUUGAGUACAUUUUGUAUAGGUUAUUUAAUGCGGACAAUUUGUUGGCUCUUUUGGUUUUUCAAACAGCACUGACGCCCCAUACAAACAAUCUACUUACAACAAUAUAUAUAGCACUCAAUUAGCACUCAAAAUAAUUACAUAUAUGUGUGAGUGUCAAAGCGGAUCUCUGUUUGUGUCACUGUAUGUGUGUAUAUGUGUCAGUGUUUAUCAGUGUGUAUGUGCGUCAGCAGGGCUGCCAUCAGGGCAUGACAACCACAACGGUUGUCAUGGGCCCGGCGGUCCUGGGGGGCCCGGACUGGGGGGCCCCAGAUUCAGUGGGCCCUGCGACCCCGGUAUGUACCCACAGGGCCAGCCCUCUUUCUCUUACUAGAUUGCCUACUUACAACCAGAUGAGGAUGAUGAUGGGCUCUAGCUGCAGUCUGGCUCCACUGGUCUGGUGCAGAACAGGCUCUCUGGAGGCAGUUUGUAACUGUGGUCACAAAAAUCAAUGUUCUGGGAGAACGGGAAGCAGCUCCAUUUUUUGGGGGUCCUUUACACAGCUCAAGGUCUGGGUCCCAGGGUCCACCUUCAUGUUCCACCAAUGAGUUUGUUCACAGGGGGUGGAGUGUGUAGGGGAUGUCCUGAUAUGUGUGUAAGGAAUGUAUUGUGUGAAAUUGUGUUUGUAUGUGUAAGGGCUGCAAGGUGUGUUUCUGUGUAUGUAUGGGAUGUAUUGAAUGUGUGUAAGGGGUGCAUUGAGUGUGUGUAAUGAAUGCAUUGUGUGUUUCUGUGUGUGUAAGGGAUGCAUUGUGUGUAACGGUUGCAUUGCUUGUGUAUGUGUGUCUGUGUGUGUAAUGCAUUGUAUGUUUUUCUGUGUCCAAGGGGUGCAUUGUGUGUAAGUGAUGAAUGUCAAUCUCUCCUCCCGCUCCAAUUUCCUUCUCCUCCUCCCAAUUUCUCUUUCCCCUUUCUCUUCAGGGGUUCUAAUUUAUCUCCCCCCCCUAAUUUAUCUUUCCCCCCUCCUAAUAUCUCUUCCCCCCCUCCUAAUUUCAAUUUCUCUCCCCCCCCUCCUAAUUUCUCUUUCUCACCCCUCCUAAUUUCUCUUCCCCUAAUUUAUCUUUCCCCCCUCCUAAUAUCUCUUCCCCCUCCUAAUUUCAAUUUCUCUCCCCUAAUUUCUCUUUCCCCUCCUAAUAUCUCUCCCCUCUCUAAUUUCUCUCUCACCCCUCCUUUCUCUCUCACCCUCCUUUCUCUCUCACCCCUUUCUCUUUCUCACCCCCUCCUUUCUCUUUCUCACCCUCUUUCUCACCCCUUUCUCUUUCCUCUUUUUUUCUCACCCCCUCCUUUCUCUCCUCACCCCUCCCUUUCUCACCCCAUUUCUCUUUCUCACCCCCUCCUUUCUCUUUCUCACCCCUUUUCUCCUCUUUCUCACCCCACCCCCCUCCUUUCUCUUUCUCACCACCCCCUCCCCCCUACCUUUGUUGUAGCAUGGCCGAGCCCAGUAUAGUCCGCGGGUACAGGGAGCUUUUGUUUCCUGUACCCGGCCGGACUAACAGGAAGUGCACACUGAGAAGCUGCUCUCUGUACCCGUCGGACCAUCAUGCUGCAGGGCUCGGCCACGCUACAGGGAGGGAGUGACAGGAGGGAGCGCUGAGCGCUUCCCUCCUGUCAGCCCCUCUCCUCAGGCUGCGCCCGGGCGGUGCGGUCUGCCCUCAUGGACGCACCGCCCGGGCAAAGCUGCAGCCGCCUGAGGCUCUCUACAGAGCGCUCGGGCGGCUGCAGCAUGGGGGGGCCGGCGGGGCUGGUCAUGGCACCCCCCACCCUGGUGGCACCCGGGGUGGACCGCCCCCUCCGCCCCCCCCUUAGUACGCCACUGCUCUGGGGUGGUCUACUGGUUCGGUAGUUUUUAUUCGUAUGGGAUACGGAUGAAAAUUACCGGACAAACAUACGAAUCUUACAUACAAUUUUAAUUAUACAGGGAAAUAAACACACUAAUUGUCUUUUUAACAUAACCCUUGAGGACACUCUAGUGCCAUCCGCUACAUAAAGUCUCCCAAGAAAAUGUAUAUAUAGAUGUCCAGAGUCCUUUGGUGUUGGAGGGGUUAAUAGUUGUCGUUGCAAUACAGUUCCUUGAUAUAAAGCACAGUAACUUGUAGCAGCAAGAUGAUACCUUUUUAUUUGAGAAAGCCCGGGAUAACGGGGCGAAACGCGUCAAAGUGCUAACGGCCUUUGGGAUAACGCAGAGUGACUGAAGGCACCGUCCUAGACACUUGGGGUCUCUCGAGUGACAUCAGUGAUAUUCACAGCAGACAUAUUUCAUUUCAGCCGAGAGCAUCGUUCAGACGGGCGGUAACAUCAUUUACACUUCUGUAUACCCGAUUAUUUGUGAUACCUUGGAAACAAGUAUCACCAUUUGUUUAUGUAAGGGUUUCUUUUGGGGGUUAGGGUUUUUUUUUAUGUUGCAAAUAAAACAGUGGGCCUUUGCAUACUAGACACAAUGCGUAUAUUGCAUACUUGUAUACCCUGAUUCUGAAUUACUGAUUUGAUUUUUGCCUUUGAUCCUGACUAUGUAGCUCUGGUUUUUGCUUUGGACCUUGACUAAUUUGCUACUCAAUUUACUGACUAUGACUUGUAUUUUGGAAUUCGGUUUUGCCUGCUAAUGUGGAUAAUUUACUUAAGGUAGUGUUACCAUUCAAUUCCUGGUCUCCUGCAAAUUCUGCAAAGCUCAGCGGGUGUUCUACGGAGUUCUCAAUGGAACCACAAAACAACAGAACUCCUCGUGCUCUGGUCAGCUUAGAUCUGUGAUACAUCAAACCUAUUUUAGAAUUCCUAAGUUACUGGGAUUCUAAUGUAAUCUAUUUUAUUUAUAAUUUAUUUUUUCUUAUCUUCUGUUGUGCUUAGCCUGUUUAUUAAAGAGUCUAGUUGAUAUCAACAUGGCCUAUUUACUUCUAAAAGCCACGCAUGUAUCCCACACAUGUUAUGUGAGAUCCUGAAAAAUAACAGCUGUUAUAUUAAUACAAUGUUUAUCCUUUAUUUCAGGAUAUUCAAAAAGUGUCAGUGAAUACAAUUGUCCAAGAGAAUGCAUAACUCACUUCUUCCACUCACACAAGUGUUUUGUAUUUCCACAUCCUGCAUCUACUACAAAUCUGCACUGUCUGGAGGAUCUCACUGAGGCUCAGUUAGAAGAGGCAUUUGUGGAGCAAGUAAAGAAAUUCUCUGCAUUUGUGUAUGAGACGAGCAAGCCCAAAACCUUAGCAGGAGGACUCACUGUGACCGGAAGAAGUACGUGCUAAAUAUACCAUAAAAUCUCCAAAGUGUGAUACAUGUACAAAUGCAAAUGUUCAGUUCUGGCCAUCAUGGGGGUGGGAUCAGUCUGACAUGUAAAUUAAAUAGGCUCCCUGAUUAAAAGACUUAAUAAACCAGGAUUUACGCUAGUUCCUGAUGCAACUUUCUGCUCUAUGACCGCUCUCAUGUUUUCCAGUGCUGGGAAAUCUUGCCGCCUCUUAUGUGACGUCAAUUCAGAGUGGCUCAAUCCCUUGCCUGGAGAAUGCGGUGGUAAACCUUGCAGUGAUCGAGAAUGCCGCAGCUAUUCAAGAUGGGGUAUCUCUCUAUGAGUAUGAGAUGAAACAGAGGCAGAACAUGUUUCCUGUCGAGCAGUAUGUUUUCAUGAAAUUCCAUCGUGAAUGUGAGGAAAAGGCAGUGGAAGUCUUUCUGAAACGGUCGUUCAAGGAUGACGAACGAAAGUAUCAGUUACAGCUCAUGGUGGGUGACAUGAUUUCUUCAAAUGAGGCUGUCCACUAUAAACCUGUAUGUUUGUGUGCACCUACAGGUGAUAGUCCCACAUACUGAAUUACUCUUCAAUCUACACAUCCAGCUGUGGAAUAAAAACACAUUCCAAGGUUCACUGCCACCAACAACGUUUUAUGUGAGAUUUUUUAAAGGAGAACUGUCACUUCACAGGGUUUUGUAUAUUCUGUCUACCUGUCCUCUAGGCAGCGUGUUUUAGUGAAGUCUGAAAUAUAAAUUUAAAUGUAGAAAACCAAACCAUUGUAUAUAUCAAUAACCCGGAAGUGACGUCCAUCCUGCCUCCGUGUCAAUCAUUGUUAUAAAUGUUGCUCUUUUAUGACACUGAAUGCAGGCCUCGAUGUAAUAUUUUUGUUUUACCCAUUGUUCAGCUCUGCUUAAAAUGUUGGCACUAUAUAAACAAUUGUAAUUGUAACAAGAAAGCCAACAUGUCCAAUUAGCUCACUCGUAUAGAGCAUUGAAUCAAGGUGCCAUAAAAAAUGUAAAAUUUUAUCUGGCCUGAUUAUAAAAGAACUGCCACAUCUCGAUUUCACAUCAUUCCAUAAAACAUUGAAAAUCACCUAUAACUUGAGUUAACUUUUCUCCUCUUCUCCGUAUGCUUUCUCUAUUAUGCCAUUUGUAAAAGAUAGACCUUAUAACAAUGACUGAUAGGAAACUAAGAUGGAGGGCGCCCAGUUGCAGUAUAAAGAUGUGUGGAUUUCCACAUUUAAUUUUAUUUUUAAAUAUUCACAAAUACAUUUUAAUUAAACAUAGGGAUAAGUAAACAUGACAUUAAAAAUCCUGGGAAGUAACAGUAUCCCUUUAAAUAAAAAUAAAAUAAAAAUAUAUGUGAAAAUAUAGUUGCCACUGCAUAUGAAAACCCACACUCUUCGUUCGUCACUCAAGUGUAGUAUUAUUUAUUGUAAUUUUAAAGAGCUUUAUUCCUUAUUUAUAUAUUAUGCAAGCAGCAUUGCUGGCAUUUAGAUUUGACAAACAAAAUGUCAGAAAACUGAGGAGGUGGGCAGGAGGGAAUAUGAGGUACAUGUCACCCAAAUGAAAAUAAAAAGAUGGCCGCAGUGGCAGGGUGGGAAAGGAAGUAAGUUUCUCUUAUUAACUCUUUAUGUAACGCAUAAUAAUAUUUAUGUCUAUAACAAGAUAUGUAUUUAUUGCUUCAGAAAAUUCUAACCAAAAAGUGAGUCUGCCAGAACAAUUCAUUUAUGUGCAACACUUGUAAAUAAAAUAAUCUAUAUGUUUUAAUGUGCAAGUUUCUAAAAAGAAGUAAAAAAAAAAAAAAGACAAAAACACGUUUUCUAAUGAUAUGAUAUUUAUUGCCUGUGAUUCUCUGCAAUUUUAAUGCUGUUUCUUUGCAGGUGGAUGUGAACCAGAGAUUUGAGCACUUUUGUAGAUUUAAUGAAGAAGCAUCUGAAAAAAAAUGCAGAACUAUCAUUCAGGGUCUCAGCAUUAAUUGGGAACAGAGGAUUCAAAAUGGAGACUUCUGUAAGCCGGGAGGAUAUAAUGAGUUUGUUAUAGAGAAACAGAGGCUGGUGGAUGAAUAUUUGAAGAUCAAUGGAAAAGGAAUCAAGGUACAGUGACAUUCUCUAAAUGAGAAGAGCCAUUUGUGUGAUAUAUAAAAAAUUUUUUUUAAAGUUGCACAAGUCAUUGCCUCUGGUAGCUUACUAUAAACUGCAGGAGCCCCCAGUAUGUAAUUAAAGUAAACGUUUAAAGUAAGUUACAUUUGACUUAAAAUGAAACUGUUUUGUUUCCAUUCAGGCUGUGUCAGUCACAUCCAGGGGAGAUGUGGUUGGGGCUGCAUAAACAGAAACAAAAGUGGUUUACCUCCUAAAUGGUAGAGAAUUGGGAAGUGAGACUUCAAUGGUAUGAUCUAUAGACCAAAACUACCUCAUUACUCUAAAAUUGUUUUGGUGACUAUAGUGACCCUUUAAUUGCUUGUGCAGCCAAAUGAUGACAGGACAACAACAAUACUCAACACCCAUAAUGAAUUAGCCGAUUGUGAUUUAUAGCCCUAUAAUUGGUUCAUUGAGUAUUUUGAAUAUUAAAAUGUAUGACCAAGCCGGUAUCUGUCAGUGUGUAUCUCUGUGUUCCCACAUCCUUGGCUUUGUGCCGACUAUUCCUUUGUACCAUUUGCCUCUAUAUCUUUUUUGCAUUAAAGGAACACUCUUGGCACUAUAACAACUUCAUCAGAAUGAAAGUCGUUAUGGUGGGGGGGAGUCCCUGGCACUGGCUACCUUCAUGAGCUAAAUAGUACUGAAUGGUUAAACUCCAAAGUCUGCAGUCUGGCACCAUUCAGCUCUGCUCUCUCCACAUCAAUCUGAGUCCAAGGCUUCACACAGGGAGACUCGGACAGGGCGCAGCUGACAGACUGAGAGUGUCAGUAAUUCCCCAUUCACAGAAUGGCUUGAGAUAUAUUUAUGUUUCUCAAGUGAUUUUGGGAAUGGGGAACUAACCUGACCUCCAUUUCUACAUAUACUUACAUGCCAACAUUUAACCUAUUCAAAUGCAUUCCGUAACUCAUAUCUUUAAAGGGACACUGUAGUCACCAUAACAUUUCAUCUACAUCAAUUGGUUAUGGUGCCUGGAGUCCCCUGGCACUGUCCCUCCAUUCAGUGUUAAACCGUUUUCGAGCAGUUUAAUAGUAAAUAUUGGUCCCUGGCCACCCAGAGCCCAACCUCUACUGGAGGUGUGGCUAAGGUAGAAAUUACACACUUCCUUGUAGUCAUACUGACAACGGGAGCUCUAAUAGGCUAAAAGCAGCCAGUUGACACUCUCAGCCAAUCACUUCUGCUCUACUACUUCCUUAUUAGCCCAAGCAGUACAGAGGGGAUGGGCUGCUGGUGAACAGUAAAAAUGUUAAAUGCUGAAUGAAAGGUCGGGAUCAAGAGAUGUCAGACACUAUAACCAAUUUCAUGAGAUGAAACAGAUACAGUACCUACAGUGUCAUUUUAAUGCUUGGGAUUCAAAACAUAGUUCUCUGUAUUGGGCUUUACUGGGUUACUCCAAAUCUUUUUUUUAACUUUAUUUAUUUUUGGGGUUUAUUACUUGUUUGGCACCCUCUCCCUGUAAUUUUAUUUAAAAAAACAGUAAAAUAAGAUUAAAUCUUAUUGGAAACUAAAGCUGGGCCAAGUACAUAGGCGUGCGCACGGGGUGUGCCUCGUGUGCCUGGGCACACCCUAAUCCCUGCGGCACGCCUAUGCAUAUUGAGACCGGCAGGGGAGAUCUCAGGAUCUCCCCUGUCGGCUCAUGCAGAGCCGGCGCUAUCCGAGCGCCGGCUCUGCUCUCAGCCUCCCUCCCCACUGACCCACAUGCAGGGAGGGAGGCAGGAGAGGACCCAGCGGAGCUAUUGCUGGCAGCUCCGCCGGGUUCCUCUCGCGAGAUAUGAGCGUUGCCAGGCAACGCUCAAAUCUCGCGAGAGUGAACUCUAGCCCCACAGGGGGCUAGAGUUCACUCUCCACUGGACCACCAGGGAUCACAGCAGCAAGGAUCCCCUCCUCCACUGGACCACCAGGGAUCAGCAAAGGAUCCCCUCCUCCACUGGACCACCAGGGAAGGAAGCAGCAGCACGAUCCCCCCUCCCUACAAAAGGUAAGAAGGGAGGGGGGAUAGCAAAUAAUGUACCCCCACAAUCACCCACACACACACAUACAACACACACAGCACACACACAUACAGCACCCACACACACAGCACAUACACAUACAGCACCCACAUACAGUAUGUCUAUACACAGCACCCACACACAUUCAGCACCCACACACAUUCAGCACUCACAGACAUACUCAGCACCCACAGACAUACACAGCACCCACAGACAUACACAGCACCCACAGACAUACAGCACCCACACAGCACCCACACACGUUCAGCACCCACAGACAUACAGCACCCACACAGCACCCACACAGCACACACACACAUACAGCACCAACAGACAUACAGCACUCACAGACAUACACAGCACCCACAGACAUACACAGAACCCACAGACAUCCAGCACCCACAGACAUACACAGCACCCACACACAUACAGCACCCACAGACACAUUCAGCACCCACAGACCAGCACCCACAGACAUACACAGCACCCACACACAUACAGCACCCAUACACACCCACAGACAUACACACACACAGCACCCACACACAUACAGCACCCACAGACAUACAGCACCCCACACACACAGCACCCACACACAUACAGCACCCACAGACAUACAGCACCCACAGACACAGUGCCCACAGACAUACACACAUCACAGACAUACACAGCACCCACAGACAUACACAGAACCCACAGACAUCGAGCACCCACAGACAGACACAGCACCCACAGACAUACACAGCACCCACAGACAUAGCACCCACAGACAUACACAGCACCCACACACAUACAGCACCCACAUACAUUCAGCACCCACAGACAUACAGCACCCACAAACAUACACAGCACCCACAAACAUACACAGCACCCACAGACAUACACAGCACCCACACACAUACAGCACCCAUACACAGCACCCACAGACAUACACAGCAACCACACACAUACAGCACCCACAGACACACACAGCACCCACAGACAUACAGAGCACCCACACACAUACAGCACCCACAGACAUACACAGCACCAACACACAUACAGCACCCACACACACAUACAGCACCCUCACAAACAUACACAGCACCCUCACACACAGCACACAAACAGCACCCUCACACACACACAGCACACUAACAGUACCCUCACAAACACAAACAGGACCCUAACAAACACACACACAGUACACUACCCGUACCCUCACACACAAACAGCACCCUCACACACAGUACAUUAACAGCACCCUCACAAGCGCACACACAAACACCACCCUCACACACAGUACAUUAACAGCAUCCUCACAAGCACGCACACACAAACACCCUCACCCACAUAGCACACUACCAGCAUCGUCACACACACAUCACACUAACAGCACCCUCACACAGCACACACACACACACACACACACAGCAGUGUGUGUAUGUGUGUAUAUAUGUAUAUAUAUAUAUAUAUAUAUAUAUAUAUAUAAAUAUAUAUACAUACAUACAUCUAUAUAUGCGGUGUGUGCUUGUGCUUUAGGGUGCACACCCUAAUGCAAUAGGCUACGCACGCCUAUGGCCAAGUAUGGUCACUCUUUCCACAUCCAAGUACCAGUCUGGUUUGAUUGGACCAGUCUUACAGGUUUUAGGCUCAGCGAGCAUGUGUGGAUAUACACUCUGAACUGAUGAGGGAUGAACAAGGGGGGUGGAAAGGUGGAGUGGGCAAAGGGAGGGGACCAGUGAAACUGCAGGGGCAUGAUCUAUACACCAAAACUGUUUCAUUAAGCUGAAGUUGUCUUAGUGAUUAUAAUAUCCCUUUCAAUAGACUAGUGUAUUCAAAUUCACUCUAUUUUCUAAUGGAGAACAGUGAACGCAAAAUGUUGUAUAAUAGCACAUCUUACUGAAUUGCCCCAUGUAUUAGAUAUUGGAUUUUUUUACACAUUUUUUUUUUAUUUUGUGUUAUUUGUUUGGCUAAUAAAAAGAAGAGAAUGUUUUAAUUAUCUUUUUUAAUUAAAGGCCAAAGAAAUCCUAGAAGAGUUUCUCGGGGAAAAUCAGAAAAUAGAAACCAGCAUUUUACAUCUGGACAAUUCUCUACAUGAAAAAGAAAAAGAAAUGGAAAGUAAGUCAAAUAUAAGUGAAAAGAUACUUCCUAAAAAUUCUAGUUAUUGGCGAUAUUUCCAUUUCAGAAGACCACCAAAUUUAGAGUAGCUGAAAAACGAGACGUGUAACAUCUCACUUUUCGGUUGAGAAAAGUGUUGACUGAUAAGUCCAUUGAAUCAUUGAUAUACAUUAAAGAAAGUUGGUUAGGAAACAAAAGAAACAGAUGAAAAAAAUCUGACAGAUUCAACAAAGUGAAACAUACAGAUGAGUAGGAAUGCAGAAAAUAGAGGGGCGUGUCUUGGCCACCAUCUUAGAUGGCCACGUUAUAGAGAGGCUCCUGGACAAGGGGGACAAUUUUGUUCCUAAAGCGACAAUUCUAAUUUGAAUGGACCAAUUUUGAUUGAAAAUACAAAAAGUCAAUUUAGCAGUGACCAUGCAGAGGCAAAAGAAAAAUGAAAAAUCUGUUCCUGGGACGAAGAAAAUGGAAGCAGGAGCGGCUGGGGUGAGUAAGGGUUCCCAGGCUCGCUCCCCUGCUUCCAGAUCCGGCUCGCGGCUUUUUUCGCCGCUUAAACUUUCGUUGGUGGCAUCGGGGAAAUCCCUCCCUACCUCCCGCCCGGUCUCCCUCCCCAAAACUUAUGCUUGUGCGGCCGCGACCCGUCCGCAGCUUCCUGAGGGCGGCGGGACCGCGACCGCACUAGCCGGCACUCCUGUGUGCGGCUCAGAGUGCUCCGAGCACUCGGCAUGCUCGGAGCACAGUGCUGUGUCUCCCGCGAGCGGCAAGGACCUCCCAGCAAGCCGCUCGUGGUCCCACUCCAGAGCAGCCCGGUCGCUCACUUACAAAAGCGACCGGGUUGCUAGUAAAGGGGAAGGCAGUGCGAGGUCACGCUCCCCGUCGGGAUCCUCAGCCUCCAGGCUGUCGGUCCUGGCGGGGGGGGCCUCUGCUGUCCGACCCAAAAUAUUUAAAGGGGCAGCAAGGGCUAUAGUAAGCCCAGAUGAUAAUUUUAUGGAAAUAGGGGCUGAAGUGCUCCAAAAAAGUGCUUUCUCUGCACUACCACAGAGAACACGUUAUGAUGCCACAACAAAGAUGGCUGACAGUCCAGAUACUGUAUAUUCCACUUCCAAGAUGGCCGCUGCCACCUCCAAUAUGGCUACUACCACAUUUAAAGCUGCGACCUAUAAUCCUAAUAUGCCACCUGAAUUGGCAGCAGACCUGCCACCGUCAGCUGGCAUGAUAAUUCAACUUAUUAAAGAUUUGAGAGUUGAUUUGAAAAAUGACUUUAAAAAUGACUUUGACACAUUAUAUGGAGCCAUGGAGGGCAUUAAUCAGCGUACAGAAAUAAUAGAGAAUAAAUUGCACUCUCAAGAGCAAUCUCAUCUGGAUCUGGUUGAAACCGUAAAAGAGCUCCAAAAGCAAGCGCACCAACAAGCAGAAAAGCUUGCCGACGCUGAAGAUAGAAGUAGGCGUAAUAACCUAAGGAUCAGGGGGAUCCCAGAUAAUAUCGACUCCCAGGAAUUACAAAGCUAUUUCCAGACAAUGGUGAAGUCAGCUCUACCAAACGCAAAAAAUACGGAUUUAUUACUGGAUCGCAUCCAUAGAUUGCCCAAACCCGGCAAUGCUCCUCCAGCUGCACCCAAAGACGUGAUAGUGAGAUUCCACUACUAUCACAUUAAAGAAGAAUUUCUAGGUGCAGUACGCACGUCAGGUCUCACAGGAGAUUACAGCAGCAUGAAGGUCUUUCAAGACUUUUCUGCUCAAACAAUGAAGCGACGCAGGGAAUUUCAACUUUUCACUGCGGAGCUAAGACGAAGAGGGAUAAGAUAUAGAUGGGGAUUCCCGGUUAAAGUCCUUUUCCGUAUGGAUGGUCGGAAUUUUAUAGUCACGUGCCUGAAGAAGGAAUGGAACUCAUCAAUACUAUGAAUGGACGUCAGGUUUCGCCUCAUAGACUCUCGCCAUCUACUCCUGUGCAGACCAGCAAGAGAAGCAAAUCGGACACUUCCUGAGAUCCCAGCUCAAAGAGACAUAGUCUUCCUUUUCUAUGGUCAUCAUCGAGUCCUGCUCCAGUCCGGCGAUUUAUCGGGAUUACUUUGAAUUUUGAUCUGUUUCUCCUUUUUAUGACAGACUUCUGAGUUCUUCCACCAACGGUUAUUUGUCCUGUGCCUUUUUGGUUUAUUUUAGAAACCGAUCCUUCUAUUUAAAACUUUCUAAACUUAUACAAUCAAAAUAUUUAUUUUUUAUAUAAUUUCAUAUUUAUUUAAUUUUAUUAUUUUUUUAUUUUUUUUAUUGUUCUGUGCUUUUUACCCUUUCAAUUGUCAUACUUAAAAAGUUGCUUUUUGUUUUUUACUACCUAUAUUAGCUCCCCCUGCACCCAGUAGCCUUCUCUCCCCCCAACCUGGGCCUAACACCCUGAGAUGGAGAAACUUUUUUUGUUCUCCCUCAUGGCCCUCUUUCACUGUUUUUGUUUCACCCCUGAUAGGGGUAUAUACCCAAGUUUUUUGUUCCCCUUUUUUAUUUUUUUAUAUUUUUUGUCCAUUCAUCAUUUAAAGUUCAGUAGAAAUGUUUUUAGACCACGAAACACUGCAAUGCUUCAUACAAAAAUGCAUAAUACGUGGUAUCAGCAAAUUGUAAAUAUCUGUUUACUCAUUAUUCCUGUACACACAAGUACACAGCUUGAGUUUGCUUUAAUAGCUUUGUUGGACUUGCAUGUUUCUCUCUUGGAAGGUGGUGACUGGGACUCUCACAAGAUUGAAUGUUCCUUUACCCUUUAUCAGGUACUACUGUUCUAUAAACCAUGGUCUUAAAAUAUAUGUCAUUUAAUGUGAGAGGCCUGAACACCGCCCACAAGAGACGAUUAUUAUUCAAAGAAGCAAAAUCCAACGAAUCAGAUGUGAUUUGUGUACAGGAAACACAUUUUAAAGAUGAUAAAGACCAUAAAAUCAUGUCAAAGCUUUUCCCAGUUCAAUACCAUUGCACUUAUAAAUCCAAGUCUAGAGGUACAUCGAUUUUUUUUCACAGGAAUGUAGCAUGCUUGACAAACAAAGUUAUAACGGAUGAUGACGGGAGGUAUUUAAUAUGGAUAGGAUCGCUCAAUACUAUUGAAUAUACUAUUGUGAACAUGUAUUUUCCAAACACCGGUCAGUUGCAGUUUUUUAGGAAAUUGAUGGACUUAGUGAAUGAGAAUGUGAGAGGCAACUUGGUAAUGUGUGGUGACACGAAUUUUGUGAUGGAUGGAGAGUUGGAUAACGCUAGGGAAGACCGUGAUCGACAGCUUAGAGAGGACAGUGACAGAUUAGCGUAUAAAUGCUCCAGAUAUAUGAUUGAAUGUGGCUUAUACGAUCCUUGGAGACUGUUGCAUGAGAAUGAAAGAGAUUUUACGUAUUAUUCUGUCUCUAAAAAUAUGUAUUCCAGGCUGGACCGGUUUAUGGUCCAGGGUGCUUUAAUUCCUCACAUCUUGAAAUCUGAUAUCUUAAACAUCAACUGGUCCGACCAUGCUCCAAUCAUAAUGCAUAUUGACGAAAUUGUUUCAUCAGCCCCUAACAGAACUUGGAAAUUAGGUGAUUACUUGUUAAAUGAUGUUGUGAACAAGUCACUGACGGAGAAAGCUUUGUGUGAUUAUUUUUCGGAGAAUGCCUCGCCCGAGGUUCCUGGCGAGGUGACUUGGAAUGCGCAUAAGGCUGUGUUAAGAGGUCAUUUUAUUUCAAGAGCGUCUCACCUGAAGAGAAUUAAUAGCAAUAAUUUAAGAACAUUGGAAAAAGAACUGUAUAAUUUGAACCAAGCUAAUAAAUUUGGUCCAUCGUCCUCCCUAUCAGCAAUGAUAGGAGAAAUUAAGGCUAAAAUCAACAAAAUUAAUUUAGAUCGUACAUCUCUCAUGGUGAGACGUCUCAGGAAAACAUUUUACUUAAAAGGUAACAGGGCCUCAACUCUUUUGGCAUCCAAACUCCGGCAUGUGAAUGCCCAAUCAAAAAUAGCAUAUUUACUUGAUAAUCAGGGGCAAAAAGUGUUUCAUCCAACUAAAAUUAGUGAUAUGUUCGCAGAGUAUUAUAGUAAACUUUAUAAUUUAGAAUGUAAUUUGGACCUCCCCCAGCCUUCUACAACAAUAAUUGAUAAAUUCUUAGACAGAGUGUCAUUGCCUCGGCUUUCUCCAGUACAUUUAGAAAGCUUAGAAUGUGAAAUAUCAGCAGCAGAGAUAGCUGAGGCAAUUAAACUUAUGCCAUCUGGAAAAGCCCCUGGUCCCGACGGAUUAACUAUUUUAUAUUAUAAAACUUUUCCAGAAAUUUUAAUUCCCCAUAUGACUAAAUUGUUCAAUUCCUAUAAGUCCGAGGGAAAGAUGCCAGAGGAGUCCUUGUGCGCACGAAUAGUCACUUUGCCAAAGCCGGGGAAAACUCCUGAUAGAUGCCCUAACUUUAGGCCCAUUUCUCUGAUUAAUAAUGAUUCAAAGAUUUAUUCUAAAGUUCUCGCUAAUAGAUUAACCAAACUAAUCCCAUUGUUAAUUAAUAAAGAUCAAGUAGGUUUUGUGCAGAAUAGACAGGUGCCAGACGGAACUAGAAGAUUCAUAAACUUGAUUCAGCACAUCAAUAUGACCAAAACGCCUUCUUUGCUUCUAUCUCUAGACGCAGAAAAAGCGUUUGACAGGAUACAUUGGGGAUAUUUAUGGAGAACAUUAGACAGGUUCAACAUACCAUCAUCAUUUAUCACAGCAAUUAAGGCGUUAUAUUGCGCACCCUCUGCCCAUGUCUCAGCUUCUGGCUUCACAUCCAAAACUUUUUCUCUAACCAACGGGACGAGACAGGGGUGCCCUUUAUCUCCAAUUUUGUUUGUUUUAGCGAUAGAACCCCUGGCAGAACUGAUUAGGACAACCCCACAAAUUGUAGGAAUUGCUGUUAAAGAAUCCGUUCACAAAAUUGGUUUGUUUGCAGAUGAUAUAAUCCUAGCUAUCAAAAACCCAAAAGAAUCUUUGAGACACCUCAUGGAUAUUUUAACUCAAUUUGGUGAGAUAUCGUAUUACAAAUUAAAUGAGUCCAAAACUCAAGCCCUCCCGUUUCAUUUAAACAAUUUGGAAACCAUUGCCCUUAAGAAAUCAUAUUUAUUUGAUUGGAGAACUGAAUAUAUGGAAUAUCUUGGCAUUAAUUUAUGCAAAAAUUUGGUCAAUAUGCACAAUCACAACCUGAGGAAAGCAUGGUCAGACCUACAAAAAGAGAUGGAGAGAUGGGGUGGGAUGGAGCUCUCAUGGUUGGGGAGGGUCGCAUCUAUUAAAAUGACGAUACUCCCCAAAAUUUUAUAUUUUUUUAGGACCAUUCCUCUGUCCAUUCCAUUAUCAUUUUUUAAUAAAGUUCAUUCGACAAUGUUGAAAUUUAUAUGGGGGAACAAGCCUGCCCGAGUGAGGCUCACUUCCCUGCAGCACCAUAAAUCGAACGGCGGUAUCGGUGUCCCCGAUAUCCGCAAAUAUUAUUUCGCCACUAACGCUGCAGUGGUUGUGAGCUUUAACAACCAGGAUGAUAAACCCAGAUGGAUGGAGAUAGAGGAAUCAAAAAUUUCACCGGUUAGACUAUCAGAAUUACCUUGGUUAAAUCCUAAGAAAAGACCUGGAAUUACAAAAUUAUUUUUAUCCACCAGGACUACGCUUAAGGCCUGGGACAUUGUUUUUAAAAAUGACCAGUCUCCCAGUUUAUAUAGAGCAAUGCCUAUUGAAUUAUUGAAAGAUUGCUCUAUAACUAAUCUGGACAAUUUUUUUUAUGGCAAUGCUAUUCUUUCUUUGGAAAAAUUGAAGCUUAAGUAUGGAUUGUCGAAUGCAUGUGAACUGGAAUGUAUGAUAAUCAUUGAUAAAUUGAAAGAACUAUACCAGGUACCUGAAACAGAUAAAAACUAUAAAUCACUUGAGAUAUCUCCUUUAGAGAAAGUUAUUUUAUACAGCCCCGCUAGUAAAGGUAUGAUAUCCUUAUGUUACUUAUCUCAUAAUGCCAAGCCCUUAAUUAAAUUAAAACAUAUGCUGUCAUGGGAGACGGAGUUGGGUGCCCAGUACGAUUUAGAAGAAUGGUUCGGUUUCUUUAAAGGUUUAAAAGGUAUUUCGUAUUGCACCGACCAUUUUGAAAAUCAUUAUAAAAUCUUAUAUCGCUGGUACCUGGCUCCGUCUAGAUUACAUAACAUGAACAAUAUGUAUUCUGACCGGUGUUGGAGAGACUGUGGGGGAGUGGGCAAUAUGGCCCAUAUCUGGUGGUUCUGCCCCAAGUUAAUUAAUUAUUGGAAAAUGAUCCACGAUCUGAUUAUUAAAGUGAACGGAACCAUUAGUAUCUUAACCUCGGAACUAGCCUUAUUUAAAAAACUCCCGGAGUCCAUUAAUAGAUCAGAUAAAAUAAUCAUAGGCCACAUUCUGAUCGCUGCUACAUCCUGUUUACCUAGACAUUGGAAGUCUCAAAAUGUGCCAUCUCUCAGAGAAGUUUUUAAUUUGAUUUUAGAAAAUAAGGCACAUGAAUUAUCACACAGAGCCAAUAUGCAUGGUUUCCCAAUACUAAAAUAUAACUGGGAUAAAUGGGAAGAAAAAAUCAAAACAGUUUAUGGUCUUUGAUAUAUUUAUUGUUAAAGUGCAUUGUUGUAAAACAUUUUUCUUUUUGCCAUAUACUUUAAUAUGUUUAUUUCAUUGAUGGAUGGAUACCCCUUCCCAUUUCCAUGUUACCCCUCCUUUCCUACCCCUAAUACAAUGUUUGUAUUAUUAUCAUUUGUUAUACAAAAAAACUUUAAUAAAAAUUAUUUGAAAAGGAAUGCAGAAAAUAGGACUAACACCUCCCAAGAUUCAACAAAGUGUGCUGAAAACUAGACAUAAACGUGCCAGUGAUACUUUGUUAAAUCUCCCACUUAGUUUCAGUUUCUCAUGAGUAUAUUUGUUAAACACUAAAUUUUGUCUGGAUGGACAAAAUUUGGUGAAAAUGAUCAGAAUGCAUCCGUUAGCAGUCAUCGUUACUAGCACCUAGGCAGCUGUUGCUGUCCAUUCACUUCAAAGUUUCCACCAAAUGGAGAUAGGACCAGUAUAUUAACGGGAGGAGAACCUGCACUGGCCCUCAUGUGCUCCCACCUGAUGUCCAGUGGGUCAGGGCUCAAUCAUAAUACAUGGGGGACAUGCUAUUGUGAGUGGUUUUAUGCCCAUUGGUGGGGUGUGGAGUAUACAUUCCUGUGUCCCUUCCCCGCCACCAAUUAUAGGCGGGUGGGGUCUAUAACAUAGGUGAAAGGACAUUUAUUUUGUCUCCCACCAGCGUCCACUCCUUGAGGGGAUCUUUAAGAGGAACAUGCCAAUGCUGGCUGCUAGGACUGCCAGUGGACAAAUAAUUUGGACUUUUAAAUUAUGAGUCAAUAUUUUAGCAAUCCAGGCCUGUAUUUUACUACUCCAAGUGAGAUUCCAGCCUUUUAUUUUCAUUGAAAUCCGGAUCCAAUUCAGGUUCAUUCAGAACCUAUUCUGCAAAAUCUUGGCAUAGAUAAAUAUUAUAAGCAAAGUCUGGAUUUUCCAGGUGGCUCUGCCCCAUUUGGUGGUUUUGGCUAGUAAAGGGCCACUUUAUGAAUUCUUUCCUUUUCUAAUUCUUCAGAACAAAAGAUUGAGAAUGAGACUGUAGCUCGCAAAUUGCAGUUGGAAGAGGAGAAAGAAAUGCAGAUGGAGAAAACUAUGAAUGAGUUGAAGAAAAACUUUGAGCAGCAAGCCUUAAUGCUGAAGAAGAAGUUGGAAGAUGAACGAACACAAAUGAUAAAAGAAAAUAUUUGGCUAAUUGAGCAGAAAACCAAGGUACAUUUAAGAAAGCUUUUGCUCUAAAAUGGACAACUUCCUCCUCCAUCCCAAGCACUAUAACAGUCUUAAUACUUACCAUGGGGGGAACCACUACUGAGCACUGUAGUAGUCAUGGUGCUCAGAGUGUUUUUUUAAUGCAUUAUAGAGAUAAUAGAAUAAAAAUGCAAAAGAAAAAUAAUCGCUCAUUUUUUAUUUUUUUUAAGGAAAUAAGAAAUAGCGUAAAGUAAACCUGCUUGGCUGCUUUGCAAUAUCUCUAAGAGGACCAGUGGGAAGCAAACCACCCUGUGAUGCCAGACAGUGGUGGUGGUGGUUUUAUAGCUAGCAAUAGUGAUUUUUGCUAAUUGUGAAUCACAGUAUAUGCGCUCACACACCAAACAGCAAACUGUGACUUGAAAACGAAAUCGGAAUCAUCUUCAAUAUUUUGUUCUACAAUUUGCAAGCUGGUUCUCAAGUAAUAACAACUAACUAUUUAGUGAAUGGACCUCAUAACUGCUAGUUUGUUUCCUCACAUAAGCUCAGACUGAUUAGCUUUUUGUUCUGCAAGAUUACAAGUCAACUUUGUAAACUGAAACAGUUGUUUAAUAAUAUGUAUGUGUAGAGCUUUUUAUGAGUCUGAAUAGCUCAACGUGACACGAAUGUUAGAAAAAUUAAAACAUUAGAAAUAAAAUAAAUACAAUCACAAUGGUUGUAUGAGAUUCUGUAAUGUGACUGUAAGGGUAAUAUUUCUUCCCUGGGGAAUCUUAACGGCUGCAGUCCAUAUUUGGAAUUCCAACCAGCACACCACAACUACGAGUUCGGAGAAAUGACGGACACAAAACACUCUGAAUUUCAGAGUUAUAUUGGCAUAACAUAUCAGUUUAUAUAGAGAUGUCCUAUCAGCUAGUAUUUCAUGAAAUGUUUACAGUAAUCAGAAUCAGAAAACAUCGUGGACGAUUGUCAAAAAUAAUUCAUUACCGCCAUAGUUAUUUUAGGAUAAAAAAAGGAACAAUGACAAGAGAGUACAAGGGUAAACCUGACCACAUAAUGGUUUUGUAAUGUUGUUUGUUCCCUAUUCUAUCUGCCUGAACAGGACAUGUUGGUUCUGAGAAAACGUAAGUACAAGGUACUUGUGCAAGCGAGUUAGUAUUGAAACGUAUGUAUAUACUGUCUUGAUAUAAAUGAUCAUUUAAGCAGCUUUGAGCACUAAACAAUGAAAUAGACCCUGAGUACAAAAUAGCGCCUGAAUCUAAAUUAUGUCUUAUGCCAAAUGGUGGAGGAUUACAAGUCGAAAGGUGGGUUAAAUAUUUGUAUCCUAACAGUGACAUUCUGCAGGAUUCCAUAUAUUUAACUGAUAUUUGUAAGAAUAGCCAUCUCAUCGCACCGCAUUUUCUUUUAACAUAUACUUACAUCAUUGCCCAUCACAAUCAUGCUGAUACUUAUAUCUUGUUAUCUCUCUCUAGGAAAGAGAGAUGCUGGAGAAGCAAGGCUUCCAUGAUAAGGCAAAGAUGGUGAACAAGGAAGCGCAGGAUCUACAGAAUCAGAACAAGUCCCCUGAUCUUAGCAUUUUCGUGAAUGCAAUCGGUGUGCUGGCAGAGGCGGCAUCUCACGUGCUACCUGGAAUAUAUGGCAAAGCUGCCUUAUUUACCGCAAAAGUGUUAAAAGGGCUUUUCUGAAAACAUUCUAUUUAGUAUAUAUAUAUAUUUCAGAAGGAAAAGGCAGUAUCAUGAAAUAAAAAUAGGGUAUCAAAAAUGUUCUGAUAUAUGCAACUAAAAAAAAUAAUAGAAUGCGUUGACAAAAUGCUAAAAGAAUAGUUUCACAGCUUUGGUUCACACACAAGAUCGUUAAGAAAAAAGUGAUAUAAAAUGUAAUACCACCCACGGAUACUGAUUCUGAACAUGUACAUAUUCCCAUAAAUGUUUUUAGUCGGCUGAUAUAUUAGUAAGGGCAAAUAACAAGGGAUCAGAGCUAAAAUAUACCUGUUUCAGUUACAUAACCUCUAACAAACAUACAUUUUCAGAAAUACUUUCUGUUAGAUUGUCCAAUAUCGUAUGAUUUGUUGCUAACUGAUAAUGGGAAUAGGACAUGUGACGUGGUUAAUAAAAUGUUAUCCCGGGUAAUUUUUGUCUCUCUUUUAUUUUACAUAACCCUUUAAAUACCUAGCAGUUUGUAAAAAAAAA